AUGAGGAUCGCGAUCCGGGAACAGCUCGCAGCGGUCGUGAUACUCGCCGUUGGGGUUGCCCUUGCCGUCGUUUCUAUCCCCGUCUGGGUGUUUGUGAACAGUUUUGUGGCAGGUGUCGAGUCUGACGGCUUGUCCUUGACUGCUUCUCUCAAGGCCGCUAGGAUCGCCUCUGAGAUCAACCUGAUCCAAACGGCCUGCCAAACCAUCUCGACACGCUUGUUGUUACAGGAUGCCUUCACCAAGUUCUACGCUUCCCAAGUUAACAACAGAACCGAUGAGGACCCCUGGGAGGGAGCCCAGGACGACAUUGAGAGCGCGCUCGCUCGUACCGGCUUCUCCGGCUUGCUGCAAGCUCGCCUGUACUCGCGAAACACGACCGGAGACUCAAGGGGCCUCUUCAGCAUAACCGGUCAUGGGGCCACGGAAUCUGGCAGCAUUUUGUUGCCGUACACGGCCCCCAAUGGCUCCCAAGUACAUCUCGGAGAUCCCGAACAUGGCUUCCCACCGUCACUCUAUCCCAACAUCACCUACCGCGACCUCGGCCGUCCCAGUGAGGUCAUGCCCGACACCAAUGCCUUCUCUGCCGCCGUGUUCCCGGGGGUUUCCUUAGGAAACGGCAGCGAGAAGGCGGGGGUCCUGCUUGGACCAUUGGUUAUCAACUCGACGUUUGCCCUCCUCUCCAUCACCAUUCCUGUCCGCGACGUGAAAAAUAAGGACUAUACUCUCGGCUACAUGACGCUAGUCGCGAACUCAAAAACACUGGUCGAAGUUCAAACGUCCGUCGAAGGCCUGGGCAACACCGGAAUUGUGCUGUUCGUUGGUUCCGUCAACCCCUGGAAUCAUUUUAGCGCUCCCGUGGCUGCAAGUAAUAGGACUUGGGUGCCGCCACUCGAGGAAUUCCGGGAACAGGAAGUACAAUUUCUUCUCCCACCGCAGCCGGCAGCUGGCCAACGGGAUCGACACAAUCAACGAAGCUUUGGGUCUGGUAAGUACAGCGACGCAUUCCCGCUGCAUCAGUAUCCGGCCGUGCUCAAUGUCCUCAGUAGUCAAAACCCCAACCCAAACAACGCCACCAGCAGGCUCUCGGCGAAGAAUGAGCAAGGAUACUCGGUAGCCGUAGGCGUUGCUCGACCGCAGAGCUCACUGGUGUCUUGGGCUAUCGUGGUCGAAAAGGACCAGAGCGAGGCUUACCAGCCGAUCCAGACACUCCGGAGCAUCCUUUUAGGGUGUGUCUUUGGGACCCUCGGUCUAAUUCUUUUGCUUGUCUUCCCAUUUGCCCAUUGGAGUGUCAUGCCAAUCAGGCGUUUGAGGAUCGCCACCAAAAAUUCCGUGGAUCCCCCAGGCUACGAGGAUGACGAAGACGACGUCUUUGAUGAGGAGAACCCGAGCUCGGGUGGGACGACAUCCGGGAGAUCUUCUGAGAAGGGGAUGCUGGCUAAGAUCCGUCGAAAGAUACGCAAACGACGCAAGGCUAAGCUACGAGAAGGCGUGGCGGUCGAGCCAGGGCGUCGUCAGUUCAAAAUACCCGCCAAAGUCGAGGACGGGAAACAUUACGUGACAGACGAAUUGACGGAGCUCACCCAAACCUUCAACGAGAUGACGGAGGAACUGCUCAAGCAGUACACAUCCCUCGACGAAAAGGUGGCUGAACGGACAAAAGAGCUGGAGAUCAGCAAGAAGGCUGCCGAAGCGGCCAACGAGAGCAAGACGCUUUUCAUUGCCAACAUUUCGCACGAGCUGAAAACGCCCCUCAAUGGCAUCAUGGGCAUGUGCGCGGUCUGCAUGGAGGAGGAGGAUGUACAGCGGAUAAAACAGUCUCUCAAGACCGUCUACAAAUCAGGCGAUCUUUUGCUUCAUCUCCUUGAAGACCUGCUGAGCUUUUCCAAGAACCAGAUGGGACAGCAAGUCAGUCUUGAGGAGCGCGAGUUCCGCCUCGGCGACAUUCGGUCGCACAUUUUGGCCAUUUUCGACAAGCAGGUUCAUGAAAGCAAGACCGGUUUUACGGUGAGCUUCGUCUCUGAUGCCAACCCCGGUAUAGACAGGCGGUCCAGCAUGGACAGGAGACUCCCAGCUUUGGGUCCCCCGGGGGUCGGCAGACUCAAGGACAUGUGCCUUUGGGGUGAUCACCACCGUAUUCUCCAGGUCAUCAUCAACCUUGUCAGCAACAGUCUGAAAUUUACGCCACCGGGAGGGAAGGUCAAUCUGAGGAUACGCUGCGUCGGGGAGGUGGAACAACCGAGCGACGAUAGCAGGACGUCGUCGCUUUCUAAGACAGGCUCUAAUCGGGCGGGCCGUACGCGGCACAGGAUGGGGUCCGGAUCGACGACCUCGGCAAGCUCCAAGGGUGGUCAUAUGCCGCUCUCAUCGGUCAACGGAGGAACUGCCCUCUCCAUCAACCCCAUGGAAGUGAAAGCUGGUCCACAUAUCCACAUCAGAGAACGCUCACCGACACCCCCGCCUCCGAAUGCGAAGACAUACCUUUUUGAGUUUGAAGUCGAGGACACAGGGCCUGGCAUUCCUGGCCAUAUGCAGCAAAAGAUCUUUGAGCCAUUUGUCCAGGGUGACCUUGGGCUGAGCAAGAAGUAUGGCGGGACCGGCCUUGGCUUGAGCAUUUGCUCUCAACUUGCUACCCUGAUGGGAGGCCAUAUCUCGCUCAAGAGUACGCCUGGCGUGGGGACGACCUUUACCAUGCAGAUUCCUCUCAAAUACGUCAAGGAUCGCACCUCUAGCACAGCGUCAAGCAGCAUGAAAUCCCGGCCGCCUAGUGUGGGCUCCACCGAGGGCGACGUGCGGAAUUUGGUCCAGCGGACGUCUAUAGAAAUCCAGCAUCAACCUCCCCCACCCACCGUACUUGACCAGCAGCCGCGACUUGUUGGCCUCAGUCAGCCAUUUUUUGCGACGAACCCAAACCGCCGAUUAAGCAAGGAGGACCAGCUGGCCGCAAUCGACCGGGCCAUGGCCAGCAAAUCUGGCCAAGGGAAAUUGCGGGUUUUGGUUGCUGAUGACAACUCAACCAACAUCGAGGUUGUCAGCAGGCUAUUGAAACUGGAGGACGUGUACGAUGUCACCAUUGCCAGGGAUGGCCGGGAGGCAUAUGACCUCGUCAAGGUCAACAUGGAAAACAACCAGCACUUUGACGUUAUCUUCAUGGACAUCCAAAUGCCCAACUUGGAUGGGCUCCAGUCGACACGCCUGAUUCGAAAGAUGGAGUAUUCGGCUCCCAUUGUCGCCUUGACUGCUUUCUCCGAAGAGAGCAACGUCAAAGAAUGCAUGGAGUCUGGCAUGAACGAGUUCCUCAGCAAACCGAUUCGCCGGCCGGCAUUGAAGCAGGUCCUGGCUAAAUUUGCAACCAUACCGGAAGAGCCGGAGACAUCAAGCUUGACGCGGAAAACAACGCCGGACAAGACGCCAGUGGGGACACCCGAGAAGGAGGCCAACGACCCCAUUGCUAACGGCACUGUUGCGUCCAAGGCCAACGGGGUCCAUCCUCCACCCAUUAUUUCUGCGGUGGACACAUAG